UUUGUUUGUAAUAAGCCUCCAUUGUUAACCCCACAGAGAAAUACUAUAUAAAGAAAAACAGAGUGCUCUGCCUUUGGGUUUUGGAUUUCGAAACCAUUAAAGACCCAAAACGACCAAAUUACAAUCCAAUACACAGAUUCAAGCUUAUCCCAAUCAAAACCCACAAAGACUUCAAAUUUUCGAAACCAGAAGGGUCGCUGAAUCAAAACCCAGAAACGGGAAUUUUUGGAUGGCGAGUCUGUAUGUGAAAGCUGUGCCACCUGCGGAUCUGAAUAGGAACACAGAGUGGUUCAUGUACCCUGGUGUUUGGACCACCUAUAUUCUCAUCCUCUUCUUCUCUUGGCUCCUUGUGCUCUCAAUCUUUGGCUGCUCUCCGGGCACGGCUUGGACCAUAGUUAAUCUCUCUCAUUUUUUGGUCACUUAUCACUUCUUCCACUGGAAGAAAGGAACUCCCUUCGCUGAAGAUCAGGGGAUCUACAAUGGACUUACUUGGUGGGAGCAGAUGGAUAGUGGAAAGCAGCUCACCCGCAACAGGAAGUUCUUAACCGUUGUUCCUGUGGUGCUGUACUUGAUAGCCUCACACACAACUGACUACCAGCACCCGAUGCUCUUUUUCAACAGUCUUGCAGUCAUUGUUCUAGUUAUUGCCAAAUUCCCCAAUAUGCACAAAGUCCGGAUCUUCGGAAUCAAUGGAGAUAAGUGAGUUGGGCUUAAGGUUGACAUGUUCAGAAAUCACAUAUCAUUCUCUUGUUCUGAUGAAGAGCUAUAUCCUUGUAUAGAAUUUGGAACUGGAAGGAUAUUAAAAAAUAUAAUGUGUUUUUGUUCUUACGGCUUUUCAAGCUGCCUCCCCGUAAAGAAUAAUUGUAUUGAGUUAUCUUUGUACAGUAGAGAAAUUUUAUGUAUCUUGAGAAUCACGGUGCUAUAUGAGCAUAUGUCCCAUAUUUUGAUGUCUCUCUUCCGAAUUCCCAUCGGUUUGAUUAUCUUUUCCACCCUGGAAACAGACUUUAUGCCUGAAACAGAACAAUAUUGUGUAGAUACAGAUUUGACGGCAUGACCGUGAUAAUGCACGGUGUAGGUUUUGUGUCAUCA